AUGACAACACUCUACAACAAAAUAAAAAGAUCAUUUGUACUUGGCAAAAAGGAAAUGAAACUUAGAAGCAGUGAUGUCAAGCACAUUUUUGGUAUCGACUGUGGAGAAGACAAUAUCACCACCAAAUCCUAUGCAAGACCAAAGGAUUUUGAGCUUCCAUUUUACAAACGAAGAUGCAAAUCAGUCAAGAGAUUGGAUGGCAAGUCUUUGACCAAAAUGUUUCAACAAACAAAAAAUGGAAAAUCAACCAAUGAUUGUCAAGAUCUUGCAAGGGUAAUCACCCUUUACUUGUGCUUGAAACUUCUCAUGCCCACAACAGGCCAUACACUCAGUUGGAGUUUCCUCAACUAUGUUGACAAUCUCAACAACAUCAAGAAGUACAAUUGGGUUGAGGCAAUAAAAGACACACUGAUGAAUUCAAUGGCAAAUGCAAACAACAACCCAAGGCAUGUCACUGGAUGCGUCAUGUUACUCUUGUACUGGUACUGUGAGCACAGUAAACUCCUCCGACCAUCCAACAAAGAAGGCUUCCCAAGGUUUAUGAAAUGGAACCUUGGCAAAAUGUACUCCAAGUGGAAACACAUCAGCCUCGCUCACUUUGAAAAGGUUAACCAAAGUGCUUUAACCCCAACUGAACAAGAAAUACAGUUAUUGCAUAUCAAUCAAAGCACAUCAACAGACUCUUCAGCAAAGAAACAAGACCACAAAAAGGACAAUAAGCAAAAAAAGAAAACAAAAGCAACAAAUAAAGAAGACUUCUAG